AUGAGCACAACCGCGAAUGGCUCCCGUCUUGGCCAUCAAAGAAGUCAUUCCUUCUCAGGUUCUGCAACAACGAUCGUUGUGGAUGAAUUUGCUGUGGAAAACUACAAGAGAAAGAUUAAAGAACAAGAAACGGAAAUUAGCAAUUUGCAAAAAGAGCUUCACAAUUAUAGGAUGAAGGAAGGUGAUCUUUCUUUUAGUCUGGCUAUGGAGCAAUUUCUGUUAAAGAAGAAGGAUUCAAGUAGUAGCGUUUCAACGGGUAGUAGUUUUUCGGAUUUGUUGAAUGCAUCUUCCUCUUCUUCAUCUUCAUUGAAUCAAGCGGAAUUGGAGGAAUUCAAGAAAAAGAACCAAGUCUUGGAACAAGAGAAUACAUUGCUGAAAUCCACGAUUGAACAAAUGAAUAGACAAGCACAGGAACAUACGGAAUCAACUCAGAGAGCCCACGAACAACAGACAUUACAACUCCAAGCCACCAUUCAGUCUCUUUCGGAAAGUGUUAAAAAUAUGCAAGAGGAACAUCAACGACUGGAACAUGAAUCUUCUCAAAUUCGUCAACAAUUACAAGAUCAGUCUCAAUUUAUUAAUGAGUUGAAAGAAAAGCAUCACAAUGAGAUUGAAUCGAUGAAAAGAGAAGCUCAACAAGCCCAAGAUGAUUUAUUGAAACAAGUUGAAAAUUACAAAACAACGGCCAAUACUGAAUUGAAAUCUUUGAAUGAACAAACAUCUGAAAUUGAGUCACUCAAAAACGAGAUACAACGAGCUAACGAAAAUCACUUGCAAGAAGUUCAAAACUUGAAGAAUACCAUCACUGAGAUUACUUUGGAGAGUGACAGGUUGCGAAAAAUUCUCUCUGAAAAGGAACACUCAGAGCAACAAACAAAGAAUGAGGAAGCACAUGUAUUCCAAGUGAGAAUUCAAGAACUUGAAAAAUUACUCUCAGAAAAUAAGACUCUUCUCUCGGAAAAGGACCAUGAAUAUCAACAAGCGAUCUCAAAUUUAAAGUCUGAAGUGGAAAGCAAAAAUCAACAAAUUGAAACGUUGAAUCAAGAAUUGACCAAACGCGCUGCAGAACAAGAAUCUUUGGUACUCAAUUUGACGGAACAAGUUGGCAAGCUAAACCAGAUGAUCAACGAUCUUCAACAACAAUUGAACGACAAAUCCACAGAGGUAGAACACAUGCAAUCGGCUCUAUCCAAUCUAAGAAACGAAAUUUCUGUCAAGGACUCUCUCACAGAUCAGUUGGCACAACAAAAAACAGCAAUGGAACAGAAAGUUCAACAACUGCAACAAACGAUCGACUCUCUCAACCAGCAACUUUCUAAUGCAGUCAAUAAUGAAAAACAAUCAUCAGAAAUUCAUGAAUUACAGACUCAACUCCAACAACAGGAACAGCUCGUCACCAAAUUAACGCAAGAAAUUAGCCAACACACUACUUCCAUCCAAUCUCUCGAGAAUCAACUUGCUCAAAAGACCAGUACACUCGAACUUGUACACACCGAGAAGGCAAGUUUACAAUCAUCCAUUUCUGAAAUUCAAGGAACUGUAGAAUCAUUGACAUCAAGUUUCAAUAGCUUACAAAAGCAGUACGACACUCUUUCUGAAGAGAAUGCCAUCCUCCAAAAUAAUCUCCAAAAACAGCAAGAUCACAACGAAACUGAAAUGCAACAACUAAAGUUAUCAUUCGAGAAGGAAGCAGCAGAGAAGGAGAAGGAACACAAAACACAAAUGCAACACUUGGAGCAAUUACUCACAAAAACAGAAUCUGACCUCAAGACAGCCACACAAAAAUUCGUUGAAGAAAAGGAAAAGUUGAUUAAUGAACACGAAGCGUAUCUCAAGCGUCACAUGGACGAAUUGGAGCUAAAAUUAAAAUCUCAAAUGAACACUGUAGAUGUCUUGACAAAAGAAAAGGAAAAGCUCUCAAAAGAAGUGAAUGAAGCCAAUGAACAUUUGAAAAAGCUCUCUUUCGAAACAAGUACAUUGAAAGAACAAAAUCAACAUCUCGAGCUUACUUUAGAGAAAAGCAAUAUGGAGCUAGAACAAUCUAAGAAUCUUUUCAACGAAAAAUCAAAGGAACUCGACACCACUCAACAAAGUCUCUCAAAUAUUGAAGCCAAAUACAGAGAACUUGAUCUUUCUUUCCAAAAUACUCAAAAAGAGCUCGAAACUAUUACAGAGCAAAUGAAACAUGAUAAGGCCAUUCAUGAGAAGGAAAUUGAAAGUCUCGAAAAUACCAUCAAACAACUCGAGAAGGAACAAGAAGCAACUAAUGAAAAAGUGGAAACAUUGAGGAUUUGUAGCGUGCAAAACAAUUCCUCACAAGAAGCUCAAAACACCACUACAGGCAGCACUACAGGAAAAACAAAGAAGGGUGUCAAACGAGAUGCUUCUGAGAAUCCAUCCAAUGAAGCCACGUCAGCAAGUGCCUCCAACGCUUCUAUGGACCCUCCAAAGAAAAAGGUUAAGAAUGCUUCUGCUGAUGAAUCUUCUCCAUCCUCUAAAAAUUCUAGCAACAAGGAACCAAAGAAACCUGUUAUUAUCUUUUCUGGAUUCAGUGACAAGAUCAAAAAGUGGACCAUGGAACAAAAAACCAAACUCGAAAAAGUGGUUAAAGAUUUAGGAGGCGUCAUUACGGAUGAUGUCAAAGAAGAGACAACACACGUAGUAGCCCCACCAGGAGUUCGAACUAUUAAGGUUCUUCAAGCUGCUGUCACUGGAAAGUAUGUCAUGUCACCCGAAUGGUUGGUUGAAUGUGAAAAUCAAAACAAAUUUGUGGACGAGGACAACAAGUUAGGCAAACUCGGGCACAAAGGACCAUUCAAGAGAAAGAAGGUUGCUUUCACUGCAGCGUUUGCUGACGAGUGUCAAAAACCUAAAUAUAUCCCUCAGAAAAGAAUGGAAAAUGCAAAACUUUUGAUCACUUCUGGACAAGGUGAAAUUGUGGAUGAUAUUGAAAAAGCAGAUAUCAUUCUUGUGGCUUCUUCUGAAUCCAUUGGUAACUCUUCUUGUUGUGUUUCUUGGGAAGGUUUUUUGGAUAUGAUCUUUCCAAAGGAGGAUAAUUAA